AUUUCAGUUUGUUCCCCACUGCACUUUCUCACUCAUAGAUUUUCCAUGUUGCUAAUGUUUAGAAAGAGGAAGUGAGAGGGCUGCUGAAUGCCCCAUGAAGAGCUGUGCAGUCGAUAGAACUAUGAGAAGGGGUAGUUUAAGCAGCAGCAAAGUUUUCAAAACACCAGUCUGAAAAGUGAAACAAACAGAUUACUCUUCAAAACAGGUCUGAUCAGAGGUGUUACGCAAUGGCUCAAGGCUGCCUCAAGUGUUUAAAGUACACCAUGUGUGUCGCCAACUUCUUUUGUUUUAUAUGUGGUGUGGUGGUACUGGGAUUUGGUGCAUACAUGAUGCUGAACUUCAAGAUGCCUGCACUCACCCCUACCUUGCCCACCUUCAACGUGGCCAACAUGCUGCUGAUCAGCGGCAUCAUUAUCACCUGCGUGUCCUUCCUGGGGUUUCUGGGCGCUCUGAAAGAGAACCGCUGUCUCCUCCUGACGUUUUUCCUGCUGCUGUUCUUACUGAUGUUGGUGGAGCUGAGUGCAGCGUGCUUGCUACUCGUGUACGAGGGAGAGAUUGCUCUUUUGGUGCAAAAUGAUCUCAAGAGGGGAUUAAAUGAAGCCAAAGCAAGGCCUGGAAAUUCCACUGCUCUACAGAGUGACUGGGAUCUGAUUCAGAGGCGGUUUGAGUGCUGUGGAGUCAAUAAUGCGACAGACUGGGGAGACAGAGUGCCUCCAUCUUGCUGCCCGGAAAACUGUGCAAACAUGACGUUGUCAUACGCGAGAAAGGGUUGUUUGGUUAAACUGAAGGCCUGGUUUGAGGAAAAUUUCCUAACCACCGGAAUUUCUGUCAUUGUCCUCUGCAUUAUCGAGGUUCUGGCAAUGUGUUUCGCCAUGACGCUCUUCUGCCACAUCAGUAGAUCUGGACUGGGCUACAAGUUAUAGACUAUUAGUAGGCAACUAGCGGCCUUUCAACCAAACUAGGCUCUCCAACAAAAAUAUUUGUCCACCCAAUGAAAGCUGAAGUUUUCCCUUUCAUAGUUUGCAUCAAAACCUUUGUAUAAGUUUUCACAAAUUUACUGUAGGUAACAAUGUAAAUAACAGUGUGCUGAUUUAAGGAAAAAAACAACAACAACCUUUUCUAACCUUGUUUAACCAUAAAUGACACAGGUCACUCUAUACUGAGUUUGGAUGACCCAUCAAUUACAUUUUAAGUCUUAUAGUGCAACAAAAAAUACAUUUAUGUAAACAAUUGAUUUUUUUUUGCCAACGGUUUAUUCUAAAUAGACAUAAAAUACUCUAAAAGUCCCCCCAAAAAAAAAAAAAAAAUUCAAAGAAAUUGACAUGUAAGGCUGCAUCUCCACUGCACCUGUGAAACUGUUGUCCCUCUGUUGAACAAUACUGAAAAAGCUGGCCAAUUAAACCUAAUUGAUGACCUGUUACAGACCUUAUUCACUCUUAAAACAAUACACCUUUCAUCUUUGUAUGAAAAUCAUUGUACAGUUCUGUCCUCUAAAAACAAUCGUAUGCAAAAGGCUAGAAAACACUUCAGUGAGAUCGGAAAAUUAUUUAGUAAACACAGCACCGAUAGCUGCAUUUUGUUUUUGUUUUUUUUAACUUGACAAACUGUUUCAUGCACAUGAAAAUAAAUCAAAAAAUAUUUCUUAUGUGGCACUGGCCGUGUUAUGAGAACAAGCUAUGUAAAAUGCUAUUUCAGCCUGAGCUGUGUAAGAACAGAUUUGUAUGACUUGCUUGUUGCCAAGUUUCUCCAAAUAUCUUUACGCUAUGUAUAUUUCUAAGGGAAUAAUUAUGAAAAUUUACUUUUCAAUUUAAAAUUUUACAAAUCCUUUAAUUUACCAAUAAAGUAUUGUUUACUGUAUUAAAACAUAACUGUAUCCUCCAUUUUGACUCUGUGUUCUAAGAUAUUUCCUGUCUUCAGCUUGUAGUUCAAUGAUCUGGGGUGGAGCCCUACAAGUAACCAGUUCCUCUUUUGACCCUGUUCAGCCAUCAGUUGGUUCUUCAAAAAACUCAGCCUGACAGUGUGUUUCUCUAAAUUUCAUUAUCUGAGAGACAGUAAAAAGUGUUACAUCUUCACUUACCCCUUGAUAUAAGUUCUGCCAAGAAAGUACCCCCCCCCCAAAAAAAAACCAACUGAACAUUUUACCUGUCUCACAAGAAAGCCACUAAUGAGGUAAGCAGAAACAGUUGCAAACGAGCAAGUAACACAGAGGAAUUUAUUUAUUUAAGAAUAAAUCCUGCAUCAAUAUUUUAA